UCUGCCUUCGUAGUUCUCACUAGGCCGCGAAGCGUGGCUGCUGCCAACGAUAGCAGCAGCAGCAAGCGCGCGGAGCAACGUAUACGAGGAGCAGGGACUCUGUUAAACUCGGCUCCACUUCCCAUGUUUCGAUAAGUGCUGCGACCAAACCCAGCUCACGCGUCCGUCGUCGCGUUACUUUUUUGUCCUUCUCGGGAGAGAGAUACGCCCCUGCGAGUUAAAAGAAGCGCUAGCGUCGCCGGGCGCCUGGGAGUCAAAGAAGAGUAAAAGAGUUCGAAUAUGGAGUUCGAAGACGUGAUCGAAGAGCUCGGAGGCUUCGGCAAGUUCCAGAAAGUUUCUUUUGUGGGGCUUCCUGCUGCCCUCGGAGAUACUCUUUCCUUUCUUCUCGAUGAACCUAAUAUUUCUGUUGUCCGAGCCCGACCAUCAAUGUGUGGUGCCGCAACUGGACGCCCUGGGACUGAACGAAUCUCGCGCCCAGGAGAUUCGCAAGCUGCUUGUCAGCGAGGACGAAUGUGCGGUGUUGCCGAUGCGGCAUUUCAACUCGACACGCUUGGUGACCGCAGGCGAGUUCGAGGCGACGUCGUGGAACGCGUCGUGGUUCGUGAACGAUAGUGCGCCCAGGCAGCCCUGCGAGUUCUUUCGUUACGACGACCUGCACUACGAUGAGACCGUGCCCACCAAGUGGGGUUUGAUCUGUUCUCGUGGUCACCUCCCAAGCGUGCUGUAUUCGGCAGGGACCGCAGCGAGCGUCAUUGGACCUGUCAUCAUUGGUGCACUGGCUGACAAGUACGGUCGUAAGCCAACGUUCUUCGCCAUCGUGGCAUUGGCCAUUCUCUCGGGCUUCGGCGCCGUGCUCUCCACCAACUUCAUCAUGUUCGUCGUCAUGCGUUUCAUCAACGCCCUGCUGGACCCGCAGAUCGAGCAGGUGCCCUACAUCAUCAUAAUGGAGCUGUUGGAUGCGAAGAAACGCACCCUGCUGUUGGGCGUGGCGUGCAUGGGCUGGACGCUGGGCAUGUGCCUGCUGACGCUGGUGGCCUACUUGAGCCGCACCUGGGUGCUGCUGGCAACAGUGUGCGCCUCGUGCGUGGUGCCUCUCUUCUGCUACAUCAGGGUCAUCCCGGAAUCUCCGCGGUGGCUCUUGUCGCAGGACCGACUCCCCGAAGCAUCGGCCGUUUUGCGCCGCAUCGCCAUCCGAAACGGAGUCGAGCCCCCGACUGACCUUGACCUGAAGCUCAAGAAAGUUCAGCAAAGCUUAACUGCUGGAGAGAAAUCGGAGGAAUCAGGCUCCAUUUUGGACUUGGUUACCAAGCCGAAGAUACGAAAGAACUUGCUGAUACUCACGCUCAUAUGGUCGGCAAACGGCUGCGCGUACAGCGGCCUGCACAUCAACGUGACGCAUUUGAGCGGCAACGAGUUCCUCAACUUUCUAUACCUGGCCCUGGUCGAGUUUCCGGCCAACGCGAUUGGCUGGUGGAGCAUGGACCGCUACGGCCGGCGCUGGACAAACGUCUUCUUCGUGCUUCUCACGGCUACAGCCUGCUGGGCGGCCGUCAUUGCGCCCACGUCCGGCACGGUGCACGUCGUCUCCUCGAUCGUGGCCAAGUUCUCCACCACGGCGGCGUACAUGAUGAUGUACCAGCAGUCGGACGAGCUGUUCCCCACGCCGCUACGUUCCUUAUCGAUGGGUGUCCUCCCUUCCCUGGCCGCGAUCUUCACUGUAUCGGUGCCUUACAUCGUCUACCUGGGGAAGUACGGCGCCUGGAUCCCGUUCCUCUUCCUCGCCGUGGUGACAAUGGCUGCAGGGAUCGCGGCGGCCUGGCUACCGGAGACUAAGGGCUACCCGCUCUGCCAGACUGUUGAGGACGCCGAGAAAUUUGGCAAUGAUCAAAAAUUCUUCUCGUUCAACAGGAUAGAGGAAUCCUCGAAGCGGUCCAGGCGUGUCGAAGAAAACGACGAGAAGACCAUCGAACUACAACGCCUGCAGACUGAGGCAUGACCGACUCGUCCGAUGCCUCUUGCGUUGUGCCAUUUUCAACGAAGAAACCUUCCUGUCAACAAAAGCGACAGCAUACGGGACGUGAUAUAGUGCCAUUACAAGAAAAUGAAAAGUCAUCGCUCAAUGGCCGUGCUUCAAUGCUUGAAACUCCUAGGCAUUUAUACGUUCUCACACGUCUAGAAGCAUGCUCACAAACAACACUGUGAAAUAGAGAACUUACAUUAUCUUACAAUACAGGGUCCCGCAUAUUUCGCUUAGCAUGUUCGAAAAAAGAUUUUGCGGUUACCGCUGCACUGUUCUUGCUGAAAUUUUGCAGAAGGGUCGCAUAUUGGAGUCCACGUUCGUUCAGUGCAACAUUGCCACAGCUAAUUGCUUGGUUUUUAGGAUAAAAGUGCAAGUUUGCCUUCGUUUAUGGGUAUUCCAGCUGCUGCUGUGACGGCGCAAGCUUAAACUUGUAUCGCCGCCUGCCGGCAGCUGCAGACACCGUUUCAGGGAUGGCUGCCGCGUGUUCCAGGAGCGGGCAGUCAUAGAGUUGCUCAGGUAAUAUAGUGAGAAAUUCUAUGCGGGCAACAGGCGGCAACCCUCCCUUACCGGCUGCUUUCUGUAGCGGUUGGGACGGGCGAACCUUAUUGGUGUUCAAGGUAAUACUUGAAUCGUAUGUACUAUUCGGUGCUUCUUGCGCAAUAAUCUGAGCCCGUUUUAACAAUACUACUCUUUUGCAAGCGAAUUUACUCAUGACACGUGCUUUUGAUGCACAGGUUGCUUGCAUGGAAUUUGCUGGUUUUCCAAGCAGCGCGAUCUUUCCUUUGUUAGAAAAAUGUAUUACUGAUGUUAAGCGCCUUCAUCGCCGUGAGCCUGAUGGACAAAAGUUGAACUAGGAGCACAAUCGAGCGGUCAUACCAUAUGUGCACCAAACAGCACGUAGUUUAGAGAACCUUGGUUCAAAAACCGUUGGUCCAACAUACGGCAUAAAUGCGGUGUUUUAUGCUCUAAAUGAAGAAGGCAAGGUUUGCUGCUUGGUUGAUAGAUCAUUAUCCCAGAGUGCAGGCAAAGUAAAUCGAUGUUCCGUCAAUAAUUUGCACAAAUAGGUGCCUCGCGCGAUUGCCGUUGCGUACGUCAUACCACUAUCACGCGGCAAAGAGCACGUCGGCCAAGCGGAGUGGAGUCUGAAUGUGCGGCUUCGAGAAAAUGAGCUUUCACUUUCGGGCGCUUCUUCCACCCAAUUGGCCAUACACUGCAGAUCAUGUGGCUGUUUUAACAGAGACCAACACCUCCUUGCAUAGAGUUAAUAAAAAAAGUGAGAGAGAGAGAGCAAGGAGAGGGAAGGCAGGGAGGUCAACCAGACGAGCGUCCGGUUUGCUACGCUACACUGGGGGAAGGGAAAGGGGGAAUAGAAAGCGGAAAAGAGGGAGAGAGUGAGUACUGAGUACACGUGGGACGAUGCACAUGGACACUAUAAGCGCCCUUUUAAACCGGUGCACUUCAAAUAGUGUACUAGUGCACGAAUCGCUUUUUGUGCCAGUGGUGGGUGUGGCCACGGUCCGAGUAUCUUCGACUCAGAGAACGGUCUCGAGUCCGGUCGGUUUAAAAUUGUCCUGAGAAAGAGGCGUUGUAUGUCUUAGCGACGACAGGUACACAAUAGGUG